AGGUAAGCGUAAUACUUGAUGUCAUAGAAAUGCUAAUUGUAAUCUUACACAUCAACUAUAUUUACCAAUCAUCUUUCUAGGUCACGAUUCCGAUAAUAAGGUCAAAUAAUUUGAUACUGAUUGGUUGACAUACCAUAGCAUUGUCGAUCACGUAUUGAAGCAGGAAACCCAACACCUCGGCCUGUAAAUUAAACCUUUAAUAUCCUUUCCUAACUGCAGCUACACCGAGACGCAUUAUAUACUCUCAAACGUCCUUCCCGGAUUGGUUUUUGUACAUAAUUGUGCAUAAGAAAUCCUCGGAAUUCAACAAUGUCGGUUGCUUGGAAAUCCUUUGGGGGAUCGAAAGUCGCCACAGCUGUAUCUAAAGCGACGAGUCGUGAGAUCAUGGGACCGAAAAAAAAACACGUUGACUGUGAGUAGAUAUUAACAUAAAAUCUACACUAAACUAACUUUAUUUAUACUCGAUAGCUCUACCAGUUCUAACUGUUCUCCGUAGAGGUCCAGUAAGGAUUGUCUUUUAUUGAUUCAGUGGUACUACAAAAGGAAAAUAGAAUAGCCUUUGAAAGGCUGAGUCAUAUUGGAAGCAUUCCCUUCUCGCAUGCGAAUGAGGUGAAAUUAAAAUCGGUAGACUGGUUCUACAGAAAUCGAACUGAUAGGUACAUGCAUUAACUAUGGUCUAUGCUACGAACUCCGCCAAAAGUUGGGGUGUUAAUAUCGGCGCAAAUUGCGCAAAAGCUUAUAGUUCUAUUUAUACAGAUAAGGUACAUCAUACAUAUUUAAAUAGGAUUAUGGCACAAUGUAAUGUAAGUUUGAUAUGAAAGUAGUUUGUAUCUCUGCACGGUUUCAAACGGUUCGUCAGCUUUCGUGGGGCACUUUGCGUGACAAACGGUCGCCAAACAUCACGUCAUGUUAACCGCUUUUCGCUUUGUACAUUGUACAAUUUUGUGCGCGCAACUGUUUUGUUAACCAACGUAUAGCCGGUUUUUAUUAUGGUUUUAUAUGUUAAGCAAAUAUUUGCGCAAGGAUAUAUUAUGUGAUGUGAGCAAGUCUGAACGCGCAAACUAUAUAGCUUACAUGUGUUUGUACAUAAUGCCUGUAUAGUAACACACUAAAUGUAAACAUCUGUGUUAAUACAAUGGGAAGAUUUUAUGAUGUUUCGCAAUAUUAACUGGUCCGUCACGUGUUGGCGGAUAAAGAUCAUUAGUGUUUAAAAACAAUCAUCGCAAAAGAUUAUAUCAUGAUAUGACGUGAUCUUACCUAAAUCCUCUGACCUAAACCUGAUUUAGUUGCCAGAUUAGAUGAACUUAUGGAUUGGGAUAAAACGCGGAUACGGAUGGACGGAUUGGGAUAAAACGCGGAUACGGACGGAUUUGGACGGACGGACGGACAAAGAAAUAAAAUGCGGACAAAAAGAAUAAAAUGCGGACGGCGCAAUGAAAUGCAUAAUAAAAUUGUUAAAAACAUUAAAUUUAAAAAAUGACAUUAACGUCAAAGACGGCACAAAGUGCCUCCAUCACAUUUAAAGUCGAGUCAGUCGACUACUCUAAAAUAUGAUUGCUAAAAACAGUGUUAAUUAAACUGUGAUUUAGUUCCAUCAAACGUUUCUUACAAAUCCUUCAAAACUUAGAAUUUAUAUUUAUCUAUAUGCAAAAUUCCUACUGUGGUCACAAAAACUCUGAUAGUGUAAGCCGUGUAUUUUAAUUUAGAUCUUAUUACGUGUACAUCCAACGAGCUGAUGAACUUGUCCUAUAUGUCAGAAAUGUUGCUGGCACGAUGUCGUAUGCCAAGCUGGGUGAUUGUGUCAAAAGCUUUGGUCACCUUUCACUCUCUCAUGUCCAAUGGCAAUGAGGUAGGUAGGUCGUAGGUUUGGUCAAUUUUAGGCUAGCAUUUCAUAUGCGAAAUGAGCACUGAGCUCUUUAUAUCUGGAGCAAGAACUUCAGUCAUUCGGCCUAUGAGAAGAUCGUAAACAGUUUUAAUACCAUUUUCCCCAGCUAUAAUUCCAGGGGUUUUUUCUAACGGACAUUUAUCAGUUCAUAAAACCAUAUUGUUAUUCUUUAAAUCGAUGUAAAAAUACAAUUUGUGAUUCCUGUAUGUACAUUUGUCAUCUCAGUCAAUGUUACGAAAACGCUUUCUGUUUGACUUUACUGAACACUGGGUCUGGUCUUAUUUUAUAUAUAGUAACACUUGGCCAAUAAGGGAUUGCCCUUUAACACUGUACUUAAGAACUGGAACAAUAAGAGAUCAAUGACUCUCACUUGACCUCUGGCUUAGGUAAGUUUAGGCAUUGUCAAUUUUCAAAAAAAUGUUUUAUGUUUUAUAGAGAUUCUUUCAACAAUUGGCUGCAAGAACUUCACUUUGGGAUUUGGAAAAUUUUCUUGACAAGACAGCAGUAACAGGUAAGAAUACGCUUUGUGUAUUAUGUUUGUUUGUUUGUUUGUUUGUUUGUUUGUUUGUUUGUUUGUUUGUUUGUUUGUUUGUUUGUUUGUUUGUUUGUUUGUUUGUUUGUUUGUUUGUUUGUUUGUUUGUUUGUUUGUUUGUUUGUUUGUUUGUUUGUUUGUUUGUUUGCAAUCUCAGUUUGUUUACUUCAGUUGUUUACAAAAUCUUCACAGGAUAUGAUAUGUCAUCGUUCAUCAAACGUUAUUCCAAAUACUUGAUACAGAAAGUGCACUCUUGCAGGGAGAUGAAUUAUGAUUUUUGUCGUGCAAAACGAGGGUUAGUACUCCGAUUAUAUGUGUACCUGUCUUUCAUCUCGAUUUUUAAAGUACACUUUGAGUCGUACACUUAAAGUCACAAGUCUGACUAUAGUUUAAUCUCAGUUGCCCCCCCCCCCUUCUAGAGAAGUCCAGCACCACCCUAAAACACAUCUGCUUGACCAUACAUUUUCUGCUUUUCGAAUAGCGAUUAGCGGAACUUCUACUGUUAGCGCGUGUCGAUUUCCUGAAACGAUUUAAUUGAUUUGUGAGCUCACGAGAAAAUACUCAGAAUGCUUUAGUACAAGUCGAGGUUGUUAUACAGCCAUAUUUUUAAAUAUACUGUAUUUUAACAAGCAAAUUUACUGUACUGUGCUACAGCAACUGUCCAGUCACGCAUACGUGAUAAAAGCCGAUAUAGACUUUAUGAACAAAAGAUGUAUUGUAAAACGUAACAGAACGGCGAACAUGCAGAUUCGGUCAGUAAGGCUCCCUCAUGCACCACCCCAUGGAAAACCUACACCCUCCUUGCAGAUGAGGCUAGAUAAGCCCCUGAACACAGGAUUAUGAAUGUAAAACAGUUUGGAAUUGACAGAUAAACCCGCAAAUACAUUUCUGCUUGUGUGUUCAAAAUCAUAUGCCUAUUGUUUUAGAACGGAUGGAGUGCUCAGGACGUUGGACGCAGAUAAGGUAAAGCGCACUUAAAAAAAAAACACUAUUCCUCGGUACCCACAGAGAAGACCGAUAUAGUAACGGCUCGCGAUAUUUUAAUUUCUAGCUUCUGAAAGCAAUAGCUGAAAUCCAAACUCAAAUUGAUAGCUUGCUCGAAGUCGAUGUAAGUUUAUAAAUAUUUAUAAUUAUGAUAACGUGAUAAUUUGAUUGUGGAACUAAACGGUCUCAUUCGUCAUCUUCAAACAUUUAUACCUUACAGCUUCAAUCAAGUGAAUUUAGCAAUGGCGUUAUAAACAGUGCAUUUGUGUUGUUAUUUAAGGUAUUAUUGUUUGAAGACUUCAACAUUUUGUUGAACCAUUGUCGAGUCCUUUUCCCUUAGAAUUAAACCCCGUACAGACAAAGAAAUUCUCCUUGACAAGUUUCCUUGACAAGUUUACCUUGACAAGUUUGCUUUCUCGUGUGACGGUCAACAAGUUUUCCUUGACAAAUUUCUUUGACAAGUUUACUUUUUCGUGUGUACGAUCAACAAGUUUUCCUUGACAGGUUUGCAUAGGCGUCGAAAGAUCGAUAAGUGAGUGGGGGGACCAUAUUCAUAUAUUCGUGUUCACAUACCUUAAAAACAUUCGAUUUCAAAAGAAUAAUAAUGUUGACACGACUAGCUUUGGAAGAAGGCUUCUUGGCGAAGAAAAGUUGUCAAUUUUUUGCUUUAUUUCGAAUUUAGGACUUGAUAAAACUUUUUGCUUGUUAUAACGAUGGAAUGAUCAACUUGUUGGGCAAGUAUUAAAGCAACGAGUGUUAAUUUCAUUUUUAUAAGUUUAAGUAUUAAAUCGCAACAACUUCAUGUAAUCCAUUCGAUUUUAGAAAAAUACUAUGACAUGAACAAGGAGAAUUGUAAGGAAAGCUUAGAAAUUUAUAAGAAAUUUCUCACAAGAACUGAUCAAGUUUCAAAGUUUUUAACAGUGGCACAGGUAUGGUAUGGUGUAUGGUAUGAUGUAUGG